CUCCAAAGGUCUGAUAAGAUAGCUACCUGCGUAGAACUAAGACACUUCUGUUUACAGUACAGUAGUACACAUUGCAUACAGAAGUGAGAGGAGACGCCUUCUGAUUCGAUACGGGUACCGUCGGCUUGUUGACUACAUAGUGAUAUGGACAUGGUUGGGACAAGCUGAGCCACUUACUCGUUGUUUCACAUGCAAAUCGGGCUACAGUGUCUACCUGAGCAAUCUCAAAUGCAGACGGGGCGCUCCGAAGCGUUGGUGGAUCAGGUCAGCUUUUCUUGACAACACGUGAAUAUGAUAACAUCUUCUUUUUUUUAAAACCAUAGAUGCGAAGGAAGAAAUUCAGACGACUGGACAUGGGCUUACCAGAGGAGGACAAGAAAGAGGGAGAGGGAGAGGGAGAGGCUGUGGAAGAAAGACAGGGAGUGGCAGAGGCAGAGGCUCUACACUGACACCUGCCAUGGCGACUGAUAUGUCAGAGUCUGAGAUUGAAGACCUCAGUGUCAGCAGUAAGACCAGUGGCCCCUCUCUGAAGGAGACACUUUCAGGUUUCAUCACCACCCCAUUUUCCUCUGUUCUAGUUUUACAAGUCAAGGACCACCAUUAUUUAACAUACACAAUUUGUAGAGCCAGAGGUGACCUCCAAUGCUACAGUAAAAGAGGAAGAGGGAGAGCCAAGCCAAGAUCAGUCUCGCGAGCUAGGGCUACUUCUGGUGGAUCAGAUGCGAAGGAAGAAAUUCAGACGACUGGACAUGGGCUUACCAGAGGAGGACAAGAAAGAGGGAGAGGGAGAGGCUGUGGAACAAAGACAGGGAGUGGCAGAGGCAGAGGCAGAGGCUCUACACUGACACCUGCCAUGGCGACUGAUAAGUCAGAGUCUGAGAUUGAAGACGUCAGUGUCAGCAGCAAAACCAGUGGCCCCUCUCUGAAGGAGACACUUUCAGAGCCAGAGGUGACCUCCAAUACUACUGUAAAAAGAGGAAGAGGGAGAGCCAAGCCAAGAUCAGUCUCGCGAUCUAGGGGUACUUCUGGUGGAUCAGUUCCCAAGGUCAGCAACAGGAAAACUUACCCUUUACGCUUCGCCUCACGGAAGGCAUCACAAGGACUGUAAAUUUUGUAAACAUUUUUUGGUGUGACUCUUCAGUGA